CUAACACUGAAAAAACAGGGUGAAGAGCUUCCGUCAGACACCUUUCUCCAGCGAAGGAGAUGGCUGGCCUGUGCUGGGUGGUGGUGGGGCUGGCCGUCUUCCUGUCUGCUGAAAACUGUUUGGCUGCUGUGGACCAGAAUAAACUUGCAAGAAUUGUAGAUGCCAUCUUGAAAGAGUAUGGAAGACAUGCCAUGUUCAGUCUGGCUAUAAGGAUCCCAGACAAUCAGAACCAGAACAUUAACCAAAUCCUUAAGCAAGUCUUCAAAAGUGACCCUGGUAAUGAUGUAAAGAAGAAGAUCAACAAUGGUGAGGUGUACAUUGGCAGCAGGGUGAUUGCAGCUAAAGUUCUCAAACGGUCCAAAGGAAGCACAGAUAAUGCAGAGUCACGUGUUGUGGACCACUUGUACCACUUCACCAACCGUUGCAAUCCUAACACGAAGGAUAUGUUGCUUUUCUAUGUUUACUCCUCCCCAUGUGUCGAACAACGUUCAAAUCGCCAUAACAUCCUCCGAAGAAUAAAAAACAUUCAGCGCUGGAAUAGUUUUGCUGUUGUCUUUUCUGGGAUAUACAGACCCAGAGAUGGUCUGCCCAGUACUGAUCAACAACGACGUGGAGCCCUUCAGCUGCUUGGGAUGUCAAUUGGCCUGAACAACAUAUUCCGAUGUCACGGACCUUGUGGUCGGAUGAAGUGCUCAUGCUGCUCCUGUGGUACUCAAGUUGUAGACUAUUGUGUUUUAGAUGACACAAAACUAUCCACUGCAUCUAUACAGCCUAAUGGAAGCAAUAGAAAGAAUAAUUUCGGUCAGGGUGGCAGUGGAAAAGGAGUGGGAAUGGGCAGGCCCAGAUGGGGAAUAGGCAUAAUAGUGAACAGGCCCAGAUGGGGACAAGGAAGACGAGCAGGCUGGCCCAGAUGGAGAAUACGCGGAAGAUUGACAUGGCCCAAAUGGAGAAUACGUAGAAGAAUAAGCUGGCCCAAAUGGAGAAUACGCAUAAAAGUGAGAAGGCCCAAAUGGAAAAUAAGCAGAAGAGUGUGCUGGCCCAGAUGGAGAAUACGUAGAAGAAAGAGUGAGCUGGCCCAGGUGGAGAAUACGCAGAGUUUGCAGGCCCAAAUGGAGAAUACGCAUAAAAGUGAGAAGGCCCAGGUGGAGAAUACGCAGAGUUUGCAAGCCCAGAUGGAGAAUACGCAUAAAAGUGAGAAGGCCCAGGUGGAGAAUACGUAA